UCCCUUCUUCAUUUCUUGACCAUGUGGUCAGAAACUCCUACCACCUCCACCACCACCACCAAAACAAUCUCCAUCACUUCCACCUCCACUUCCACCACUGCCUCCAUCCUCCCCCAAACUCCAAGAAGAACCAUGGAAGAAGUUUGGAAAGACAUCAACUUCCCUACCCUCCAUGAACGUCCUAUGACUCCUCCCAUCCUCCCUAUUGAUCACCCCCGUCUUCGCACUUCCAUCACUUCCACCACUUCCCACCCUUUCCGUGGUGUAAUCCUCCAAGACUUCCUCGCCGGAGCUUUCAAAUCUCCCAUUCCUCCAUCUCUUCCCCCACCCCCUCCUCCACCACCACCACCACGUCCUCCUCCUCCCACCAUUCUCAGCCUCAACUCUGCCAUGGAUUCCGGUUCCUUCCCUUUCCCUCUCCGUCCUCCUCGCCGUUCCUCCGACUCCGGCGACCGCCGCCACAAGCGCAUGAUCAAGAACCGCGAGUCUGCCGCCCGGUCCCGCGCCCGCAAACAAGCCUACACUAAUGAGCUGGAACUUGAGGUUGCUCAUCUUGUUGAAGAAAAUGCAAAACUCAGAAAACAACAUGAUGAGAUGAUAACAGCAAUGGCAGCACAGCAGACAAAGAAGAGAACACUGCAGAGAACCUCAACAGCACCAUUUUGAGAAAAAAAAAA